GUUUAUCUUCAUUGCUGUAUUGUAUUCCAUUGUAUGAAUACACUAUAGUGUACUUGACCAUUCUAAUGUUGACUGGCAUUUGAGUUGUUUCCAGUGUUUGGCUACUGAAAUAAUGUUGUUCUGAACAUUCUUGGACUUGACUUUCAUUGCACAGACACACACAUAUCCUAGGCAUGAAUCAAAGCACAUGGGUAAGUUCAGUUUUAGUGGAUUCUGUCUAAAUAGUUUUUCAAAGUGAAUGUAAUGAUUCCCAUUCUCCUUACCAGAGUACAAGAAUUUCCACUGUUCACAACAACAUCUAUUGUAUUGUCAAUCUUAUGAAAUUUUAGCCUUUCUUUGAAUAUGCAAUUAUAUUCCAUGGUGGUGUUUUGUUUGUAAUUCCCUAGUAACUAUUUCCAAACAUUAGUUUGCAACCCGUCUCUAUUGUAUUUUUUCUUAGGUUUUGUUUUCAAUACUGACCUGAAGACACGACAUUUGGGAUACCCACCCAGGGCUGGGUGAUUCACUAGACCUCAAGAGGCCAGGGCCAAGUGUCGACCAAGGACAUCACAGACUUGCAGGCUAAGCCAGCAUCAGUCCUGAGCAAGGCUUCUGCCCAGCGUGGAGUCCCCUGCACACUCAGCAAGCCUAAGAAAUAUUAUCAACUCACUGCAUUAAAGUCUACUGGGGGUUCCUGCUGAUAUACUCCAACCCAUUUUUGAAAAAGUAGUGUUUUCCAGCAUCCUCACCUAUCCAGAACAUAAGUAAAAACUUGGGAGUUUCUUCCUUAUUAAUAAAAGCUAUGAAGUCUAAGUCCAACUGGGCCCAGAACCCAAGUUGUAGCAUAAUGGUAUUUCAUCCAACCAAAGAAGAGUUUAAUGAUUUCGAUACAUACAUUGCUUAUAUGGAAUCCCAAGGUGCACACCGAGCAGGCCUGGCCAAGGUAAUUCCACCCAAGGACUGGAAAGCCAGAGAGACCUAUGAUGAUAUCGAUGACAUCUUAAUAGCUGCUCCCCUCCAGCAGGUGAUUUCUGGGCAAACAGGAGUGUUUACUCAAUACCACAAAAAUAAGAAGGCCAUGACCGUGGGUGAGUACCGCCACUUAGCAAAGAGUGAAAAAUAUGGGACUCCACCACACUUGGAUUUUAAGGACCUGGAGCGAAAAUACUGGAAAACACGCCCCUAUGGUUCACCAGUAUAUGGGGCUGACGUCAGUGGCUCCUUAUUCGAUGAAAACACGAAGCAGUGGAACCUUGGACACCUGGGAACCAUUCAGGACCUGCUGGAACAGGAGUGCGGAGUGGUCAUCGAAGGCGUCAACACCCCCUACCUUUACUUUGGCAUGUGGAAGACUGCCUUCGCCUGGCACACGGAGGACAUGGACCUUUACAGCAUCAACUACCUGCACUUCGGGGAGCCCAAGACUUGGUACGCGGUGCCCCCGGAGCACGGCCGGCGCCUGGAACUCCUGGCCAGGGAGCUUUUCCCGGGCAGCUCGCGGGACUGUGAGGCCUUCCUGCGGCACAAGGUGGCUCUCAUCUCGCCCACGGUCCUCAAGGACAACGGCAUCCCCUUCGGUCGGAUCACUCAGGAGGCUGGAGAGUUCAUGGUGACGUUUCCCUAUGGCUACCACUCUGGCUUCAACCAUGGCUUUAACUGCGCGGAAGCCAUCAAUUUCGCCUCCCCGCGCUGGAUUGAUUAUGGGAAAGUGGCGUCGCAGUGCAGCUGCGGGGAAGGCCGUGUUGCCUUCUCUAUGGACGCCUUCGUGCGCAUCCUGCAACCGGAGCGCUACGAGCUGUGGAAACGCGGGCAGGACCAGACCGUGGUGGACCACACGCAGCCCACGGAGCCCAGCAGCCAGGGCCUGGACGCCUGGAGGGAGGUCCCCGCGCCCUGGGGAGCCGCUCUGGGCCUGAGGCACCACCAGCCACGCCGCGCUCGGCGCCCCCGUGGGCCUGUAGCCCUGGACGGUGAGACCCGCCACCGAGUCCCUGUGAGUGCUGUGUCCCGGCGCUCCUCGCCGGCCCGGGGUUCUUGCUCGGCCGCCCAGUUCGAGGCUGAGGCCACCUGCACCUGCGGGGAGCCCGGCCCGACCCAGCCGCCGACCCCAGGUCCGUCUGACCCGGAUCGCCACCCAGCUGGAAGAUGUGGCCCUCGUCGUCGUCCUUGGGAACAGGGGACUCAGAAGCCAACUGCUCCCCGCAGAGCUAAGAGGAGGCUUUCCUUAGACAUAGCUCAGGACCCAGAGGCUCAGCCCCUGCCUGUGGUUGCACCGUCGCCGGACAACGCUGAUCCGCUCAGCCCUGGGCUCCAGCAUCCCGCCAAGGCUUCUGGGCUCCACACGGGGUCUCACCGCCAGAGGCCUCCAGCGCAGGGGCGGUCCCGAAGCACCCAGGACGCAGACUGGCCUCCUCGAACCCCCCGCCAGGGGUCCCCGUCGCGAGGCUCGGGACCACCACCGCCAAACACCCACGAGCCGCGGCCGGCCCGCGACAACACUCUCCCGCGCGCACACCGGCCGCCACGCCGGUCCCACACACACCUCCGCCGGGCCCGACUCCCCCGCCUCGGGAACCGUGAGCACUCCACCCGAGGACGCCGCCGGCCGAGGCGGCCAGGGGGGCGACACCCUCACGUGGACGAGGCCGACUCGGUCCCAGACGGGGAAGGGGGCGCGGAGGGGUCGGGGCGGGAGAGGGCCGGCGGCGACGGGGAGGUGGCGGCACGAACACACGGCGAGGGCCGCGGGGCAGGGGCGCGGGGCGCUGCCCAGGGAGAGGAAGGGCCGAGACACGACCGGGCCAACAGGAAAACAAGCGCGGGGUCCCACCGCCACACACACGAGGGCGGUCCCACGACGCCUGAGACGCCGGCCGGCCCCAGCCACCCUGGGGCCUCCCACGACCCGGCCCCGCCGCCAGGGCCCGCGUGCGACGGUCCCCCCGCGUGGCACGGAGGGACCCGUCCACCCAAACUCAACCUCUCCGUCCUCGCCAGAUCCGCCUUCAUCUAA